AUGAAUGACGAAUUGUCGCCCUUAUCAUCCGGAAUUGACAGCAUCACCCCUUUCCCUCAAUUGGAAGACGACGUCGGUCAAACACCGGCAACCCACGACGACGAUGAAGCACUACACAUGAAGGCUACGUCUCGUCGUAAUCGUGCUGGCACAUCUCAUUCUGUGAUACGCGCUAGCCCAUCCCCUGAAUCGAAAAGCGAAUCGCAAUCGUCCACAGAAUUGUCGGAAGAUGGGAGAAACCCCAAUGCUGAUCAGAUUCCAUCGCCUAGCAUAGAGAUUCAAGAAGAUUCGGAAGAUGCCGAGUUCCAAUCGCAGUACUACGUGGAAAAUGAAUCUUUGGAAGGCACAGAAGAUAUUUCGCUUGACUCUACCGGCGAGGAGUUCAAUGACGACGACGAUGACCUACAAGAGCUAAGCAGCGAUGAGGACGAGGACGGUGAGGAGUCUCACGAGGGGGGUAGAAAUAGCGUGAACAUGCAUCGACCAUUUAUGCAGUCCACGUCUUCCCUCACAGGCCCCAAUGCGUUCGCGCCGCCAUUCUAUAAUCGACCACCAACACCUCUACCACCUUCGCCGUCAUUGACUUCAUUGUUGCGACCCCCGUUUUCGACGACGACGUCGAGACCAACCACACCUGAUACCUCUGACGCCGAGACGCCGAAUGAUACGGAAGCUGCAGUCGCGAAGUCCGCGCGAAUCGCGACAACUGUUCCGAGAGCCAGUCCGAAAGUGCCGACGUAUGAAUAUUACGGCUUCGUGCUCUACCUUACGUCUUCAUUUGCAUUCUUGAUGUACCUCCUAUGGUCGUAUCUUCCAUCUCCGUUCCUCCACCAACUCGGCAUCUACUACUACCCUAAUCGAUGGUGGUCCCUUGCCAUUCCGGCAUGGCUCGUCAUGUUCCUCGUUUACGUCUACGUUGCUCUAGCAUGUUACAACACCGGCUAUCUGACACUCCCGAUGACAUCCAUUGAGAACAUAGUCGACGACGCAGCCAAUAUCGCGGUAAUUGACGGCAAAGGGCGGCGACGGCUUGGUGGUAGCGAGAAAAUGAAGCCUGGUUCAGCGACGAGUCAACCCAUGUCCACCGCACAGAACCGACGGGUACCUGGUCAUGCCUCAACCAAUAGUGCUAGCGGUAGCGGAUACCUACUGUGGAAAGAUGUCUGGGCCGAGAGCACCGAUGCCGUCAUGGAUAUACCAGUCGGAGGCGUAUGCGAGAUACUAUAUGGUCGAGAUAGGGAAGAAGACCCUAGUGUUAGUGUCGAUUCAGAAGGCUAUGAAUCGACGCAUGAUCCUCGGCGCAGGCGUCUCCAUUACGUGUCGUUGCGCCGCCAUACGGUACUCGGAAGCGUCCAUACGGAGCUGAUUAUUACAAUCCCGGACACACCUCCGCGCGCCGGACAGUCUGUGCUUUCAGCCUUCGACUUCGACAUUCUUCAUCUUGAGCUAAUCUCCGGCGGAACAACUCGCAGAAUUUUGCCUUCAUGGCCUGGCAGUCUCCUUCUGCCAUGGCUGGCAAUGGAGGAGGACUCGGGGGUGCGCCAGGUGAGGGGAUGCCAAAUCAUCCUCACCCACAAGGGACGGAGUACACAUUACAAGACCGAAUGGCAUCGUCAUGAGCGAGAUCGCAACGCCUGGGAAAUUGAACGUGCGGAGAUGAAGUCUCGCAUUGGGCGACUGGAGGGCGAUCUACGAACGAGCAAACGAUUACACGAAUCGCUAGGCAAACAUGUCAAAAUGCUGGAAAUUGCCUUGAAAAAGGAACGGGAAACGGUCCGCAGUCUACGCAACGGAGAGAAAGUCGAGGAGAUUCGCGACCCCAAGGAAGUCGCUAGAGAAAACUUGAAACAUCUUUCACAGACCAAUAAAACACAGACUGCUUUCCUAGUCCCUGAAAUCGACAACGACUCUGCUCAUGCCGACUUUCGACAGGACGCAGAACGCGAGAAAUCUCGUGUAUAUCUAAGUAAAUGUGCACAAGAAGUCUCGUACCAUGUUAUACCUGCCUCGCAUCCGCCCCCAGAAUUCACCGGACAGGAUUUGCAGAGCAAUCUAUACGGAGAACAACAGCUACCUCAGCAAAGUCUCGAGGAGGCUUAUCACCAACAACGACAGAAACAACAGCAGCAGCAACAGAAUAAUAUUAUGGUUCGAGAAUCUGCCAUACAGAACCACCAGUCAAUUCCCGCGAAUUAUGCAGAAAACCCUCGCUCAGCCAUUUCGGCAGCUCAUGCCGAGCGUCGACACCUUGCUUCCCAGAUCCCAACAAACACCGGUGAAAAUUUUGCGUCCGACAUUUUGACGAAUAAUCAAAGCCACGGAGAUGACUCCAGCAUAAUCCGUUCCUCCCAAGCUCCCCAGCAGCAAAAGCCCCAGGAGACGGAUUCAGAGACCGGUGGCUGGAAUUUUGAAGAGGCCGCUCCGAUACCUGACGUGCAGGUCGAGUCGACACCGCAUCAUCGACCUGAUACAGAUGCGUUUCCAAAGGCCAAUUUCGUGCCAGCUAAAUCACCACCACGCGGAUCUCAUCGGCGCAAGAGCUCAGGCGCGACAAGGCGGAAAAGUGAAGGCGCUUUAGACAGAGAGUCUAGUGCAUUGCAACAGAACAUUGACACAACGUUCAAAGUUCGAUUUGCUCUUCGUGGUCAUCUCGACGUUGUGCGAUCUGUUAUCUUUACUGGUGGCGGCAGUCCAUCUGAACCUGAAAUAUGCACGGGUAGUGACGAUGGAACGAUCAAACGUUGGAUACUGCCUGCUUCCUACGGUAGUUUCGGGCCUGGUGCCGGAAACGAUCUGGAUAUCACUAGCUACUUCACACAUCGCGGUCACGUUGGUGCUGUCACUUCGCUUGCGGCUUGUCCUGCCUCGCCCAAUUUCUCGAAUGGUGGCCGGGCAGUAGGUGACGGCUGGGUUUUCUCUGGUGGACAGGAUGCCAGCAUUCGAGUCUGGGAACGUGGCCGAGUUGAUCCCAAAGCCACUUUGGAUGGCCAUACAGAUACCGUCUGGGGAUUGUGCAUUCUACCUGGUACAGCUGGGUCGGUCUUCGGUGAUGUUUGCAGCAACUACGGUGGCCCUGAUCGCAUUCUGCUGGCUUCCGGUGGCGCUGAUGGCCGUAUUAUCAUCUGGGCAGUCAGUGCACCGCCUCAAGUCACCUCUCCUCAACCUGGCGCUCGGCGAGGCGCUGGCGGCCGUCGAKCCAAUUCCAUUUCUUCUGGGUCCAAUUUCCCGUCUUCUCCACAGCCUCAUACAACCACCAGCACAGUCUUUCACUACGCCAUUGUCCACAAUAUCGUCCGAACCGAGUCACCGUCGCCGACCUGUAUCAGUCCGUUGUCUCUUGCGGGAGUCAACUUUGUCGUCUCUUAUACGGACGCGUCGAUCCUCGUAUAUGAUACUAGAACGGGUGAAGAGGUUGUGGGAAUGGCCAGCCUGGAAACAUAUGAUGGAACACCAUCAACAGGUGUUAACUCUGUAGUGACUUCUACUAUUGGCUUUGACGGAACGGCCAGUCUUGAUCCGAAUCGAGCAUUGACAGAAGAAGAGGCAGUUGUCCAUGGAGCAACAGGAACGAGUGGUGGCGUGGAGGGUGUUAUUAUUAGUGGCUAUGAGGAUAGAUAUAUUCGAUUCUUCGAUGCAAACAGCGGACAAUGCACGUAUACCAUGCUGGCUCAUCCCUCUGCCAUUUCAUCUCUGUCCUUGUCGCCCGAUGGCCGCGAACUCGUCUCCGCUGGACAUGAUGCAAGUCUACGGUUCUGGUCGCUGGAAAAACGCAGUUGCACCCAAGAAAUCACCAGUCACCGACUGAUGCGUGGAGAAGGCGUAUGCUCCGUUGUGUGGAGCCGCGAUGGCCGCUGGGUAGUCAGUGGCGGAGGCGAUGGUGUUGUCAAAGUAUUCUCUCGAUGA